CCUCACAGGCACACGUUCAGAGAACUUUCUCUCGCGUGCACACACUUACAUGCUGACAAGCAGGCAGGCAGGCAGGCACACCCCCUCCCAUUAUCUGUGCGGCGAGCAAUUGUGCUCAUACUGGUGUGAACAGCGAGGAGCUGUGUUUCGCUCCUCAGCAGCAGCAGCCGUAGCAGCAGGACGGGUCCAGAGGAGAGCAGUCAUCACCAGAGAUCACACAGCAGCUUCUACAACUGAAGCGUGUGCCAGUGGGACAGCCAUGGAGGACACCCUCACCUGCAGCCAUGCCACCUUCUCCCAGGUGUUUGGACGCCAGGGACAGCUCAUGCAAGCCACGGUCCAGUCCCUCAACAGUCUGAACGACCAGAUUGUUCAGUUCAUGGUGACCAGACCGUGUAGCCUGGCUCACGAGGACGAGGCCUUCAUGCCAGGAGAGAGGGACACCUUGAGGAAGUCCAUGACUCUGAUGAGACGCCUGCUCGUGGAUGCUCAGGGGAAAAUCCUUAAAAUGAUGGAGGACAACAAACAGCUGGCACAGAGGAUUGAUGGGGCCAUCCAGUCCGCCAGCCAGGAAGUGACCAACCUCCGCUCCGAGCUCUCCUCCACCAGCCGCAGACUGGCUGAGCUGGGAGCCAGCAGCCCCCCUGCUUUGGAGAACCACCACCAGUACAACCACCACGAUGACAGCCUCCACUACCGGGAUCCAUCAAUGCAUCACAGACAGAAGACGAUGGUGACAGACAUGUGCUACCCGACAGAGAUAUCCAGCCUGAUGGACUUUGGCACCCCAGACUGCUCGCUAGGCAAAGUGUUGUUGCGUGAGGAGGUGGCCCAGCUUCAAGAGGAGGUCCACCUGCUGAGGCAAAUGAAGGACAUGUUGAGUAAGGACCUGGAGGAGACCCAGGGAGGUUGCUCUGCCAAUCUGCUCUCAGCCACCGAGCUCCGUGUACAGCUGGGUGACAAGGAGCAGGAGCUGGACCGUGCCAAGGAGGCCUUACAAGCUAUGAGAGCUGACCGUAAGCGUCUAAAAGUGGAGAAGGCAGACUUGGUGAGUCAGAUGCAGCAGCUGUACACAACACUGGAGAGCAGAGAAGAACAGCUGCGAGAAUUCAUACGCAACUACGACCAACACAGAAAGGAGAGCGAGGAUGCAGUGAAAGCCCUGGCAAAGGAGAAAGACAUGUUGGAAAGGGAGAAGUGGGACCUGAGGAGGCAGACCAAAGAGGCCACAGAGCAGGCCAACAUCCUGCGCACUCAGAUGGACAUGAAGGAGAACAGGGUCAAAGAACUGGAGGCUGAGCUCACCAUGGCAAAGCAGUCUCUAGCCACCUUGACAAAAGACGUACCGAAACGCCACUCGUUGGCCAUGCCUACAGAGCCCGUGAUGAACGGCAGUCAGGAGUGGGUGAUGCAGGCCGACCUGCCGCUCACUGCCGCCAUUCGUCAGAGCCAACAGACCCUCUACCAUGGACACACCACGGACAGACAGGCUGUGGUCAGGAUCAGCCCCUGCCACUCUCGCCAGCCCUCCGUCAUCUCCGACGCCUCGGCAGCCGAUGGAGACCGCUCGUCCACGCCAAGCGACAUCAACUCACCUCGUCACCGGACCCACUCCCUCUGCAAUUCUAUGGAGGAUCUGGAGGACCAGAAGCGUAAGAAGAAGAAGGAGAAGAUGACUCUGGGAUCCCUGUCGAGGGUGUUCGCUCGAGGCAAGCAGCGCAAGUCACUGGACCCCGGCCUGUUUGAUGACUCUGACAGCCUCACACAGCAGAGCCUGUCUGACGGAGAGGAGCAGCUGGACCGCCUCCAGCAGGCCGAGCUCACUCGAAACACAUGCAUGUCGCUGUGGAGGGCAGGUGCGGUCCAGGCCUGGCUGGAGGUUGUCAUGGGGAUGCCCAUGUACAUCCGAGCCUGCUCUGAAAACGUCAAAAGUGGCAAGGUGCUGCUGGGCCUGACAGAUGAGGAUUUGGAGCUGGGUCUGGGUAUCAGUAACCCCAUUCAUCGCAGGAAACUGAGACUGGCCAUUGAGGAUUACAGGAGAGCUGAAGGGGAACAAGGACUAUCGAAGGCAUCCGAGAUGGACCAUCACUGGGUUGCAACAUCGUGGCUGAGUGACGUGGGGUUGCCUCAAUACUCGCAGACCUUCCAGACUCAUCUAGUGGACGGGCGAGUGCUGAACUCUCUGAGCCGCAGAGACCUGGAGAGAUUCCUCAACAUCGGCGACCAGUUCCACCAGACCAGUCUGCUCCUGGCAAUCCAGCUCUUGCAGAUACACAGUUUUGAUAAAGAGGCCCUGCAGGCACAGCGGGCCAAAUGUGAGCACCAAGACCGGGAACCCAUUGUUUGGACAUGUCACAGAGUAAUGAAGUGGAUCAGAGACAUAGACCUCAAGGAGUUUGCUGACAAUCUUCAGGGUAAAGGGAUUCAUGGAGCUGUGAUGGCUCUGGACCCGUCCUUUGACACAGACGCCAUGGCCAAAGCCCUAGGGAUCCCCAGCAACAAACACAUGCUGCAUCGGCACCUGUACGAAGAGAUGAAGUCACUCGCCUUCCCUCACAGCAGUGCAGAGCAGAGCAGUGAAGUUAUGGGUUCCUCUUCGCCUUUGGCCGUUAACCGCUUUGCUGAGGAGAGGGUGUCGAUGAGAAGAUCAGCCAAGAGUCCGCUGAGGUUGCGUGCAAACAACCACUCUGUGGAGCGAAGUCUGGGCUUCCACGGCAGCUGUGGCUCUCUGCCCAGAGAGGCCCGAGUUCAGGCCGUUCCUCGGGCCAGAGGCAGUCCGAUGCACACCUACAAGAGUGUUGAAAUCACUAACGUGUGAACCAGCCUCAGCCAUCCAGAUCGCUCACGUUGUAGCUAUUGUUUACAUUGUUAUUGUAUUAUAGUUCUUUACUACUGAGAGUGACCUACACUCAGCAUCGCUGGACUUUUAGGAGGAAGUUGUCUUAAAUGGGUGUACCACUUGAUUCAAUAAUUCAAAUGUGUCAUUAUUUGUGGCCGAUAUAAGAAUAACACAUCCUCUGAACAGAAACAAAGUUCACUUUUGACCUGAUGGGGUUGCUGUAAAUAAAAUAGAAGAGGAAGAUGAUUUUAUGGACAAAGUCAAUUUUGUUUUUUUCCAACUAAAUGUCCAAAUGAGUUUUAUAUUAUGAGUUUAUAGAAGGCUGAAGAAUAAUCUACAAAACGAACUGAACACGGUGUUGUUCUCCUUUGAUGCCUUAUUUGAAAUAGAUCCCACAGCACUGUCGUUUACCACUUUUAUUCUCUUUCAACUGCUUCUAACAUGUCAGAAAAUUAAUAAUUAUGCUUGAGAUGUAGGAAAAAAGUCAUUAUAACAUAUCACUGUUAAUCUUCUGAGGAGACCUGAACUGUGUCAGGUCAGCAGCUCUACAUACACAGUAUGAGUGAGAUGACAAUUAUUAAUAUUACUGUAAUAGACCGUAGUUUAAAACAACAUUAAAAGAUAUGACUUUUGGACAUAUGGGGGAGCUAGAAAUAGCAAAAAGUACAACUUUUAUGAUUCUAGCACACAAGACAAUCUCACUUUUGAAAACUGGUAAAAAAAUCUUCUCAUUGGUGUUACAUAAUAUAUUAAUUUAAGUAAAGAACUGAAGUUUUGGUUUUUCAUUUGAAUGUUAAUGUUGAGAGAAGUUCUUUAACAAAACUCAUUGAAUGUUGGGUUUGAUGUGUAAAAAUUCAAGCAAAUUAUCUCCACAUGUUUAUACUGUAAAAGCACUGAAGAAAAGGCAAUUCUGUUACUUGUAUUUUGAACUCAAUGGAGAGAAUGUAAUAGUAUAUUUUGUACAGUUUAAUCAUGUUUUAUAACACGCAGCUGUGUAAAGUUUGUUCCUGAGCAUGAAAACACACGUAUGAAAUGUCACAGGGCCACACUGUGUGCAGCCGAACGCCUGAGGUAAACCCAAAUAGCAGAAAACAGGUUUGUCUACCGCUAUCUGGGCGUCUCCUUCAGCCACCAACAGUUAAGUUAUUAAAGCGGGAAGAUUAGACCAGUUCAAACCUGUAUGGAAACACAAGGGAAGGACUGUUUGCUUUUAACACCAGUGUUAAUAUGACCUUUACUGUCUCUCUUCACACUGCAGCUGUUCUCUGAGCUUUUCAUGUACGCCAACAUUAAAGAUGAAAUUAUUGUCAACUCAUAUACA